AGAAAGUAACACAUUUCUAACGGCUAGUUGCAGUGUGUACUUUUGGCAAUGGCCUGAUUCCAGGCUUCCAGCUUACCUUCUUCAUCACAACUGACCGUUAGCUCCCUUAAAAAGUAUCUACCAAAAGAAAAAAGAAAAAAGAAAAUACCCAUUCACCACUGUCUCUGCAUUAUCAUUAUCCGCCAGAAAGAUCCCUCCGUUUGUCUCUGAGGCUUUUCCGCAAACACCUUCUGUUCAUCGCGCGAUACGAAUUAAUAAACAAUUAAAUUGUUAAAAAAAUGGACAGCACCACGCAGAGAAGAAAGUCCGGCAUCAACCUGCCGCCGUCCAUGUCCGGCGCCUCCCUCCGCCUCGACACCUUCCCGUCCCCCGCCGCCAGAACCCUCUCAUCCCCGCUCAAAUCGAUGUCCCCGAGGACCAUAUCCAAUCUGUCCGCCUCCUCGUCGCCGUCCAAAUCGGCCUCCGUCUGCAGCGACAGGUUCAUACCUUGCAGAUCCACUUCGAGGCUGCACACGUUUGGGCUGGCGGACAAGGGGUCUCCGGCGAAGGCGGGGACCGCCGGCGGCGGCGGCGAGGCUUAUUCCAGGUUGUUGAGGGCUGAGCUCUUUGGAACUGACUUUGGGCAUUGUGAUUUUUCUGCAGGUGGUGCCGGUUCACCGGGGAUGACGAGCCCGAACAAGAACAUGCUGAGGUUCAAGACGGAGCAGCAUUCUUCUGGGCCCAAUUCGCCCUACUCGCCUUCAGUUUUGGGCCACGAUGCCGGGCUUUCUGUGGAAGUGUCGAUCCCGCCAAAGCCGCCGAGGAAAGUGCCUAAGAAAUCUCACAAGGUUCUGGAUGCACCAUCUCUUCAAGACGAUUUUUAUCUCAACUUAGUCGACUGGUCUUCUCAGAAUGUUCUUGCCGUGGGAUUGGGCACCUGUGUUUAUUUAUGGAGUGCUUCAAACAGUAAAGUGACAAAGUUGUGUGACCUUGGACCUAAUGACAGUGUCUGCUCUGUCCAAUGGACUCGUGAGGGGUCAUACAUAUCUGUCGGCACAAGUCUUGGACAAGUUCAGGUUUGGGACGGGACUCAGUGCAAGCGUGUUAGAACAAUGGGUGGACAUCAAACGAGAGUUGGAGUUCUGGCAUGGAGUUCUCGCAUAUUAUCCUCUGGAAGCAGAGACCGAAACAUACUUCAGCAUGACCUUCGUGUUUCGAAUGAUUGCAUUAGCAAGCUUACUGGACACAAAUCAGAGGUUUGUGGACUCAAAUGGUCUCACGAUGAUAGAGAACUUGCAUCCGGUGGCAAUGACAAUCAGCUAUUGGUGUGGAAUCAGCAUUCACAACAGCCGAUACUGAAGCUGACAGAGCAUACGGCUGCCGUGAAAGCCAUUGCUUGGUCGCCACAUCAGAAUAGCCUUUUGGCUUCUGGAGGAGGAACUGCUGACCGUUGCAUUCGGUUCUGGAAUACGUCGAGCGGCAAUCAGCUCAAUCGUGUGGACACUGGUAGCCAGGUUUGCAAUCUAGCAUGGAGUAAAAAUGUGAACGAAAUAGUCAGCACUCACGGAUAUUCUCAGAAUCAGAUAAUGGUGUGGAAGUAUCCAUCCAUGGCAAAGGUCGCAACUCUGACUGGACAUAGUUUACGUGUACUGUAUCUGGCAAUGUCUCCUGAUGGUCAGACAAUCGUGACUGGGGCAGGAGACGAGACGCUCAGAUUUUGGAAUGUUUUUCCAUCUGUAAAAACACCUGCAGCAGUUAAGGAUACGUGCCUUUGGUCUUUAGGCAGAACUCAUAUCCGAUGAUAACAUACAUGUGCGGCUACCAACUUAUUAUCUUAUUAUCGUCUGUGUAAAGUGUAACUAAGAAACUACACAAACCUCGAGCAAACAAAAAAUAACUUUCUUUUUCAGACUCGCAUCUGUUAUGGUUUCUGUAAUUGUAAAGUGAGUUUUUUUCCAUUUUCUUUUUCUCAUCAACUUACGGUAAAGUUUGUUUGUGUCGGGAAGAGACUACAACAAUUUGAUCUCCGAUGAUUUGAACNAAAAGACUUCACAAUUC